AUGGUUUUCGAAACGAAAUUCCAGAGCAUAGCAAGUACCACGAACCUUGCCCUCGAAAACACCAAACAACCUCUUGCCAUCAACGCUGCAAACGCUGGUUACUCCUUGACCAUUAUCAUUGGGAAUACUGGGCACCGCUCAAAGUUCAGAUCUUUGUCUAACUUCUUCCGUUGUAAAUGCCUUAAACUUCUUGGUCAACUCGAACUCGAGCCUUGCUUCGCGAACACCGGGACGGGAGAAGCUAUACAUUGCUCUCUGCAAAAGUUUGACCCGUCCAAAGUUGCUGGCAUAGAUAUCUGCACGGAGCUCUGCAGCACCAUGCCGUGGUCAGGACUGGCACUCUGGCUUCUUGGGUUAGCUCCGACUUCUUCCUUUGCUAGGAGGUUCGUGGUCCAGCCAGCAAGGCCGCCACGAUGUCUUCUAUUCUCCUCUUCUUCCUCUGAAGCUGUGGGUGAAUUCGAUCCUGCGAUUGAGAAUGAGAAGAGCGUUGGCUGGAUUACUACUAACCUUCUCCAGAAUCCUUGGGGCAGUAAACACGUCUAUACUGGGAAAGCCGAAGCCGAAAGUUUCCACGCAUCGACCAACUGCGCCGCCAUCAUACGGAAUAGAAGUCUCCUCAUGGUGUUUCAUCAAUGGACUGGUUGUAUAUUCCAUACUCUCAAGGGCCAAGGGCUGGUCGCAUCCGGGAUAGCUGUGCCAGAUGACUCUAAACCUUUAAGUGCUAGUCUGAGCCAGUUCAUCAGACCUAUGCAGGUUCUACCAGUUGAACCAGGCAUGUUUGUCUUGGUGGGUAUGUACCACACGAUGAAAAGAAUUUCGCAAGGACAAUUCCCUGUUCUUCUCUUUUUCGGCGCUUUAGCAGUUUUGCAGAGGCUUGAGUGCGUCUAUCUCAACAUCACCGUUUCCUUCGAGGCUGAUGCCAGAGAUUCAAUAAGUCCCAACAGCUAUCAGAGAAAGCAGGUUGAGCCAAGCAAACAGCAAUCGGCUGCCGCAGAUGACAUCCUUCUUUAUUCUGCUGAAGCCAGGAGCUAUAAAGGUCCGAUAGGUGUCAGAAGCAGCAUGCUAAGCCCGAGCGGCCAACCGACCACUAUCGGCUGCCGCAGAUGGCACUCUUCUUCGUCGGCACCGGAUUAUGAUGAUACAGUGUUGGGUCUGGUUAUCCCGAAAGUGCCGCGCCGCUUUUGUUGCGAGUUCUUUCUUGUUGUGGAACCUGUAACGGAUUAG